GUAUUUUUGAUGGCAUGUUAACACUUAGAAUGCAGUUAACGUUUGCUUGCAAAAGAAAGCGCUGCUCUAAUAAAAAUGUGAACUCCACGCCUCUGCCAAGUUGCCAGGAUGGAGAACGUUACAAGGGAAGAUUUACUGGACUCUCCGUGGAAAUAGUUGAUCCCGAACAGGCCAAAUCCCUGUACGACAAUGGUUGUUUUGGUAAGGGAAGCAAAUCUCGCGGAGCACCGGAAAGUGGAGACGAGGACGAAACGCUACUCCUGGGAAUGGAAGAGUCCUGCUUCCUGGCCCAUUAUUUGAAAGUUCUAGACAUAAGGAACUCAGCCGGCUGCUUCAUGGACUUCCACAGGUUUGUGGAGGUCGCCAAAGAGCAGAAUGAUAAAUUCCUUGAGAACUUGGCCAGCUAUGUGUAUUUCAAGUCCAAGAAUUGGGUUAUCAAGAGUGGUAUUAAGUUUGGCGGUGAUUUUCUUAUCUACAAGCAAAGUCCACGCUUGUACCAUGCCAGUUUUUUGGUCAUUGUGCAGAAGCCUGGUGAUUCAGACCACUAUCAAUCAAAGAACUUGAAAGGUGUUCAACGUGUGGCAGAAACAUCCGAUAAGGAUGUGCUGCUCCUGACUGUCCAAGCACCUAAGGAUAUAAGCUGUCCAAGGGACUUGCAGGAAGCUACAGUAACGGAGACAAUUGUGAGGCGUUUUAAUUACUUAACUUUUGUACAAAGCAAACAACAAUAAGGAACUACUCAAGGAUUCUACAACUUCUCCAACCGGUGCUUCUUGGGUAUACCAGUGCUUCGAUAGUCGGCUCGCUCCUGUAAAUAUAUCUGCUUGCAUUCCUCCUUGAA